AUGACUCAUCGAACCCCCAAUUUUAGACGAUUUCACUUAUUUCUUCCACUUUUUCUCAAAGGAAUGAUAUUUCUCCUGUUACAUUUUAAAUUUCUAGUGAUUUUUGCACUUGAACUACCAAUAAUUUCAUUGCGCCCCAAAUCUGACUGUUUUUUGUUUUGGAAAUGUACAACGGAUUAUCGGAUUCAGAAAAAUCAAAAAAUUGGAAAGUUUGUAGAGUUGACGGAAGGUCAAACUUUAUCUCUUCAGUGCGCUUAUAGGCGUGGUACUCCAAAAUUCACCUACCCCAAUUUCCUGGCCGAACGGGUAGAGCAAGAGUUCAGUGAACCUCUUAAUACAGACUAUGUCCGGAUUGAAGACAUACGGGAGUCCGACACCGGCUCUUUUUCCUGCAACUCCACAGAAAAUCCAGCUCAAAGUGAUUCUAUUCACGUUUUUGUGCAUAAAUCCAAGAUUUUCCUGCCGUCAAAAUCAGUAUUCAGUAAAAAAGAUCUAUGGAAUGAGCUAACAGUACCUUGCAAAACCACAAAACUCACUGAGAGCAAGGAGAUUGAGCUCUAUGCCGAUGGGAAGCUUGUGGCUUCUCAGGACUUUGACCCCAGACAUGGCUUCCGAAUCACUAGGAAAGGAUAUGCAGCUCAACCUUCAUUCUUUGAGUGUAAAUUUAAUAAGAAAAAUAAGACUCAAAGUGUGGAUUUUAUCAUCAGCAAGAAUGAGCCGAUUGAUAAUGAAUAUAUAUUAUUUUGGGAGGAUAGCUUCCCAUUUCCACAUGUUGGCUACAACUUUUCACUCACCUGCCAUCUGGUCUACAUUGAGCCAAAUGGAAAUGCUCCAAAGCUUGGCGAGCUGGCUUUCGAGUGCCCUCAGUGUCAGAGCCGUCUUGACAACCAUCUUGUCAUCGAGAAGCACCACAACGUUGGUAGAAAACGACUUUCCUCUGCGAUCCACAUCAAAAACUUACAACUCAGAGAUGCUGGCAAGUAUCGAUGCAUCUGGAAGAAAACUGGCAAGGCCAGACAAGAAAUUGAGCACUCGCUUCACGUCUCUCCGACUAUUGCUCAGGUUCGAAUUCUCGAGCAGAGCCCCUCAUUUUUGAAAGCAAAAGCGGGGAGUGGAUCAGUUAAGCUGUAUGCAAAGUUUGCAGUUUACCCUGCCGGGAAUUAUACGGUAACGUGGAGAAGGACGUACAAUUCUAUAGAAGGCCCGAGGGACGAGAUAGUGGAAAAAGGCCUAUCAGCGACAUUCUUGGAGAAUAGUGAAAGUAUGGAGGUAUUGGAUAUUACAGAUUUGAGUUGUAAUAAGAGUGGAAAGUACCUGCUAUCAAUCAAUUACCAGGACACAUCGGAAACCAUCUUUUGGGAGGUCGCAGUGGAAAGUGACUACCCAGAUGUUCAGCUGAUCAUCCGUGAACCAGCUUCCUUCAAAGUAUUCGGACAUCAAUUCUACUUACUUGGGACUCAUCUCAACAUCGACUGUGUCUCAACUUCAAUACCCCUAGUGGAUGCAUUAUUGGAGUAUCGCAAGGAAAACUUCAAGAUUUUCACGAAAGUUUCAAGAUCGUUUGUAGCAGAUGGAACUUUUGAGCGGAAAAUCAGUUAUCAAGUGGUUUUGACGGAGAAUAUGAUGCUUAAGUGCAGAGUCGGUAACAGGGUAGCACUAGAAACUGUCCACGUGGCCGAUGAGAUCCCAAACAUUAAAUUUAAGUUGGCUAGCAAUAAGUCGGCGAUCUAUGAAGGGGACACUGUGAAGCUUACAUGUGUGGUUCCGAAGCUAGCAGGGAGAUGCAGUAUCACUUGGGUUCAUCGAAAUUUGAGCAUCUUGCAUUCAACAGAAGUUACUGAGCAUUCACAGCUCUCUUUUCUCUACAUAAGAAACGCCACCACCAGCGCAUCGGGAAACUACACCUGCGUGUUGGAAAAUCAAGCAUCUGAAAACUUCUCGUUGAGCACAAUUCUCAAGGUUGAGCCAAUCAUAGCUCCUUACAUUGUGAAAACUGGCUUCUCAGCUCCGACGGGCUCAAAGCUUGACUGCAACAUUGAUGGAAGACCCCCGCCCGAGUACCAAUGGUUUAAGGAUGGCACCCCAUAUGGUACUGGGAGACGGCUGAAGUUUUUUGAGGAAGAUAACAGUGGGAUUUAUCAGUGCCUGGCAACUAAUCGUGCUGGAUCUGCGACUAACUCCUUUGAAUUGAAAACUGCUGGAAGAUCUUAUGGAAUCUUCGUGCUUCUGGCAAUACUAGCUCUCGGGAUCUUAGUUAUUUUGGGUUGGAAGAUCUCCACAAAGCUGGGCUGGAAGAAAAAUCGAGACCUGAAACUUCUCUACAAAUCGCUGAUUGGUAGCGAAAACUUUCUACCGAAUGGAAAAAACCAAUUUAGUAAUUUUAACUUUGAAUUUCACAAGGAUAGUUUAGAAAUUCUCGAGCCAAUUGGCUCCGGCCACUUUGGAGUUGUGAGGAGAGGAAUUUUGAAGGGUACAAAGACAGUGGUGGCUGUGAAAAGUUCAUCAUACCGCAGUAGCAUUGGGUUCCAGAAAGUGAUAGUAGAAGAGCUGAAACUAAUGAGUGCUAUCCCUAAGCAUCCGAAUGUUCUGGCGCUGGUCGGAGCUAUAACCAAGAACCUUAGACACGGAGAGCUCUACAUUCUCAUGGAGUACAUUGAUGGAGGUAACCUACGAGAUUUCUUGCAACAACGGAGGAAUGUGUUCAUUGAUGAGCUUCAUGAUAACUUUGAUGAGAAUAUUCCAUUGAUCCGGCCGGAUUUCAAUUCGCUAUCCACCACUGACCUGGUGGGAAUAGCACAUCAGAUUGCGAAUGGGAUGGAGUGGCUUGGAAAUGUUCCGUGUGUUCAUGGGAAUUUGUGUUGCCGUAAGGUGCUGAUCUCAAAAACGAAAACGAUUCGGAUAACGGACUACGGAGUUGGAGAUAGGCAACGAAAAUCCUCCUCGAUGAGAUGGAUGGCACCGGAAGCCAUCGAACAUCAGAUGUUCUCCUCAAAAUCUGAUGUCUGGUCAUUUGGCAUCUGCCUCUACGAAAUCUUCACUUUGGGUGGGACCCCGUACCCAACUUGCGUUACAGAGAACAUCCUGAAACAUAUUAAAAAUGGAAGUCGGAAUUUGCAACCGGAAUACUGUCCUAGCGCACUGUAUGAUCUUAUGCAGUUGUGCUGGCGAGCUCCACCUCAGGACCGACCGAAAUUUUCCCUGUGCUCGGAGCUUAUUGAGAAACAAUUGAAGGAUCUUACUAUUAGUUUUUGA